UUUUAAGUCAAAAUGCAUCGCGGUGAUCCUUCAUUUACUAAACAGUGUAUGAGUUAUCUUAACACUGAUCCAUUAGCGCAUAGCCUUAAUAAUGAUCCCCCUCGUGGUUAUCAGCAGCCUGGUAGGAAUCCUCAAAGCAUUAUUUCGACUUCGCCUAAGCAUCCGAGAGGAGAAGGGCAAUUCGGAACUUCAUCACGCACAUUAGACAGAAAGUCUAGUCAAAGAAGUUCAGCCAGGAGUGGCUCAAUGACGGCUCAAGACCAGACUAUAGCUUAUGCCGAAAAACUAGCCCAGAACGAAGUAGAUUUCGUCAAAGAACAAAAGUAUUACUUGAACUCUGAGCUUCACAAGCAGGCACAAGAAAAGGAGCUCCAAAGAAAGCUUGAGGCUGAGCGUAAAGCCCAGGAGCAUACCCACAUGCUACAGCAAGAGCAACACCAAAAGUCACUGGAGAAUAUCAGAAAGCAGCAUGAUGCCGAAAACCAAAAGAACCUUCUCGAUGACUAUCAAUCCGCUAUUGCUAAUAAAAGGACCCUUCAGGGGAUCGAGAAGACAGUUGAGCUAAACCUUGCCAAAAAUAUGGAGCACACAGCUAGGGAUAGCCUUUACCAAGAAAAAAACCAGAGAAAAGAGCUUCUCUCAAAAUUCCAAGAUGAGUUCCGUAAAGACUACGAAGACAGGAUGAAUACCAAGCGUGGCCAAAAAUACCAGAAAGCAAUGGAGCAGGCUGAAUAUAGAAGACUCUUCGAGCAAAAUGCUCAGAGAGAACUGGCUAAUGAAGCUGCGUACAAAAAGAGAUUCCAAGAUUUUGAUAGGAAUUUAGACAAAAAAUCAAAGAAGUAUUAUCAGAUAGUCAACCAGAACGACAUGGAACGCGACAGAGCUGUCAGCCAGAUCACCGGCCAAGGGCGGAUCAACUACAACGACUACUUUGACGAAAGAGAGAAGCAAAAGACGCAGAAGGCAGAGGAGCUCAAGGAGAACUGCUACCAAUCCAUGAAGAGCACCAUUGAGGCAAAGAAAAAAUUCAAAAAUGAUCUAAGCAGCCAAAGAAGAGAGGAAGCUAAAUAAAAGUGUUGAGGAGCUACAGAAAUACUUGGAUGAAGAAAGGUUCAGGAAGGGAGAUAGAACUACAAAGGAUGAGUAUAGACAUAUACUAGAGUCGCAAGUUAAGAUGAAGAAGCAACCAAGAAAGUUCAAGGUCAGUGAUAUUGACCCUGAAACAAAUGAAGUAAAGAGCAGCCAGAGUAAGAGAGAAAUGUUCAUGAUACCUGGAAUAAACUCCGUCUCUCCUUAUGUGAAAGCCCAACAGAAGGGGAAAGUUGCUCUAGGAGAGCACUACUCGAAGAUGAAGAACUAUAUUGAUCACAAUCAGCCAGGACCGCUGAAUACUUCGCUAACAGAUCCAAUCAGUAUUAGCAAACUUACUGCUAAUAACAGCCAGAAUUUUUCCAUUACUCCUAAAGCUACCUCAAAAUACCAUCCUUCUACUCAACCUCCUUCUCACAGAGAUCCCCCAGCUCACUUAGCCAGGUCAAACAUUCUCGCUUCCCAAGGAACCUCAAUUCUUAACAUUGGUCACCCCACCAACACGCAUCACAACCCAGGAGUAGUUGGUAACAAAGUAAGGACUUCUCUAUAUUAGUAUCUCUACAGGAAGCAACAGAACAUAGGUGGGACUUCCACGGCCAAGAACAGUUAUAACCUAUAAAGAGGUGAAUCUAAGAAGACUU